AUGAAGCGCAACACGCGGCGGUACGCGCGGCGGCAGGUGAAGUGGAUCGCCAGGACGCUGACACGCGAGCUGGCACGCGAGGAGCAGUUUGGCUGGCCGAACGGCGGCCAGGUGGUGGUGCUGGACGCGACGGAUUUGGGAACGUGGGAGCAGGACGUGGCACGGCGCGGAGUCGACGUCUGCCGCCGCUUCUUGGCCGGCUCGCCGCCUGCGGAGGCGCUGGCGGUGCCGGAGACGCUGGCGGGCGUGCUGGAGACGCGCGGCGAGGCCGCAAACGACGAGACGAAGUGGCAGCACCACUACUGCGAAACGUGCGCGGCACCGCAGCAACGCGAAAAAGAGCCACAGAAAGCUGGUGCAAACGAAGUAACGAAAGUAUUAGAGCUAUUUAACUGCCUUCUUCUCCUGGGACGAGCUUUCCUCGACGCGGCCGUAGUCGUUGUCGAUCACGUGCUCUUCGAUGAGCUCGGACGCGGCGUCGACGUUGUCAGGCUCCUGCGGCAAGAACAGGUUGAGGACGACGCCGAUGAAGCCGGUGACGGCGAACCCGGUCUCCAUGACGAGAACGAUGGCGUCAUAGAAGCCGGAGAGCGAGUUGUUGUCGCCGUGGUAGGUGAAAACGUUGUUAAACCAGUCGGAGACCAGGGUGGCGCCGAAGCCGAACAUGAGCGAGCACGUGAGCACAAAGCGGUCUCUUCUGGUGAAGGGCGUGGUGGCGAUGAUCUUGAGGCCGGACACGGCCACGGACGUGAACAGAAACGUGGUCAUGCCGCCGAGCACGGCUUUGGGAAUGGCGACGAGUGCGGCGGCGAAUUUCGAGAAAACACCCAUCACCACGAGGAAGAAGCAGCACCAGUACCCGACGGUUCUGGAGGCGCACUUGGUGAUGGAGAUGACACCGUUGUUCUGCGCGAAGGUCGACAUAGGCGUCAUGGUCAUGAGCGCGGCGAUGAUGCCGUUGAAUCCGUCGGCGAGCACACCGCCCUGGAUGCGCGACUCGUAGUAGGGGCCCUCGAUGUCGGUGCGGGACACGUCGCACGUGGCGGUGAUGUCGCCGAUGGCCUCCAUCAUGAGCACGAUGUAGCACGCGAGGAAGGGCAGCACGACGGGGCCGUAGACGGACAGCUUGAACGUGUGCACCCACAUGAAGGUUGCGGCCGGGGCGGCGUCGAUCGAGUCGUGGGAGAAGUAGCCGCAUGCGGCGGCGACUAUGCACCCAACGAGCAGACCGACAAUGACGGCGCAGGACUUCAUGAUGGGGGACCCCCACUUCUCGCACAGGAUGAUUGUGAGAUAGACCAGGAACCCGAGCCCGAUGAACUGUGCAGAUCCCCAGCUGUAGCCCUUCGCACAGGUGUUGGGGGAGUCCAUGCACCCGGAGCCACCUGCAAAGUCCUCAAAUCCGGACUCGAUCAGCGACACACCAAUGAGCAGCACCACAGGACCUGUCACGACGGCCGGGAAAAUGCGCUGCAGCAGCGCUGGAGGCAGGAACGAGAGCAACACUUCUAG